AUUCGAAACGAAACGUGUUUGAUAUAACGAAUAUAUUUUGGGAAUUUUUGGCAGGGAAGAAAUUAAACGUCGGCCAGUCUGACUCACUGAAGCCGGACUUCGACUCUAAGUGGAGAAAAACUUGAUGAUCUCUUGGCUUGGUUAUGUCGAGAAGGAAAAAUACCCAAUCAGCUAAUCCAAAGGAAACUAAAUGAAGAUUUUUGGGUUUGUCAUAACUAAACAUAGGGGGACUUUUAAGUAUAUAUCUCUUACCAAGAAUAACAUUUAUAGAUUUAUGCACGCUCCAUAAAGAAACAAAAGCUUCACAGUUACAGAACAAUAGGCACAAGACAAGACGUAAUAACAAAUAAUUUACAUAUAAAUUAAACAAUUUAGAAGUUGUUUAUACGUUCGUGGAAUAAAGACGUGUAACUUGGUUCCUACUGCGCGACUGACCGUUGUUAGGUCAUUCUCUAAACCGUUUUUCAUCUAGAUACUCAGGAUGAAAGUACUUAUUCUUGGCAUUCAAAACAUCUGAAGAUUCUGUUUGAUCCAGUGAUAAUUCGUUGAACGAGUUCGUGCAGUUGGUGUUAAAGAUAUUGUCAAGGUCUACAGCCGAUUUCUAGCAAGUCGUUGGGCAAUUAUUAACGUCCGGGUUUCAGUCUUUGGGACAAAAAAGCUUGUAUUUCUUUGAUGAAGUUUUGUGAAACUGCACGAAUGUAUUAUGUCGAAUGAGCGAAAGUUUGAUCACUCGAAAUUAGAUUAUUUCUAUUCUCCACGAGAGGAAAAUGAAUCUUUAAACAAAAAGAAGCAUGGCUUAGGCAAGAAAAUCGAUGGACAACAAAAAACCUCUUCAGUGAUUAAAAUGCUUGAUGCUUUAAGACUUUCUUCCUACGAUACAAACCACAAAACGGUCAACAAUAACAAAGCUCUUGUACCUUCUUUUACGAGGUCAGAGACAGAUCUGAAGGACAAGUUAUUUGUUUGGGGGAAAAUAAGCAGCAUUGAUAAGGACAGAGGAGCUAGAAGACAAGAAGGAACAGUAUACAGAAAUAAUAAAAUUUAUCGGUUAAGUCAAGAGAAAUUUUCACAGUUUGACGACUCUACCGAUUCACAUUCAGAUUCUGCUUAUUCGCAAUCUUCUGACCUUUCCCGAGAGUCUGAUGUUCAGUCCCUAAACACAUCUUCUAGCGACUCGGAUACUAAUCUUUACGUCUAUCAACAAAUUAUUCACGGCGACUCGAGCAGUAGUAGUCCUUCAAGGAUUAAUACUAUUACUGUACAUACUGCAAGUGGAUUUACUAUCGACCUUGAUGUGGAAGUGACGAAAACUGUCGUUAUGCUCAUGAAAAUUAUUGUAUGGCUCAGACAACGCUAUCCAAAUGGAUCCUUCAUAUGUCAAAGACUUCCAAUAGGAUUAACAAAUUCUCCUUUGAAUUCUAUUGGGGAGAGCUCUGGAGAUGAAAGUUUGUCGUCACAAGAAACUCUAAAGCCUUUAAAGUCUCGAAAAAGGAUUUCAUUCAGUCCGAAUACACUUUUAUUUGCGGCUGUUACAGAAAAGUCUUACGAAGAGGCGAAGUCGAUAUUAGAAUCCGACUGCGAUAUCAAUGUUAAUGUGCAAACCCCAAGCGGUCAGACGUUAAUUCAUAUAGCAGCUGGAAACGCGGACUUAAAAUGCGUUCAGCUGUUGCUUGAACACUUAGCGGAUCCCAACAUAAAGGAUUGUCGUGGAUGGGGUCCCUUACAUGCAGCGAUACGUAAAGGGAAAUGGAAGUGUGCUAUCUUACUAAUAGAGGCUGGAGCUAACUUUGCUGAGUAUGCAGCGAACAGAAUCAAAGAGUAUAAAGAAGUUUUAUCAAUGUCAAAAACCUGUUAUCGUUCAAUGGAAAUUUUCGUGUGAAAGCCUACGAAGCCUCAAAAAUUUUCCCAAUUUUUUUCUUCUUCUCUAUCAUUAUUAAUUUUUGAGCAGCUUAUGAUUUUAAAAGCAGCUUGCCUAAAUUUUUUUUCGUCGUGUAGAUUCAUACAUGAAAUUCAACGGACUGAUAUAAAUAAUUAUGGGCAUUCCAAAUUAGGGUUUUUGAAUUCUUACAACAACAAAAACAUAUUGCACACGAUUUGGUUUGUGAAGUCAAAAUAAAUCACCCUUCAGAUAUUAUAUUAUUUAUAUAAUUCAAAAUCAUAGAUAAUGUAAAUAUGCACGUUGGCUGUUUUAAUGCCAUUUGACGAGAGGAUAUUUAUAUUGGAUAUAUUGAAUGUGACAAGUUAAAUCAUCCAUGUCUGACUGAUGGAUUAGGUGUUUGAUCUUAAACCCUGUUGAUGGCCUGUUUGGCUUAGCCUGUGUGAAUAUUCACUUUCUCUUUCUUUGCCUCUCUUUCUCUCUUUAAAAAAGAACCACAUUACUGAAAAAGAAUUCGUUGCUCGGAAUCCCCUUAGUUACCGUUGCUAUGUCACACAAGCUCAACAAAUUCAUAGUUAGGACAGGACAGUACUCAAAUCUGUGAAAAUAAAAGAAAAUUGCCUCGUAA